AUGGAACAGUGGCGGGAUCAACACAAAAAGAAAAAGCUACGAGCGAAGUACUACAACAAAAACAGUAGCAAGGUCGUGGGUGGGGGUCCUGGAGGUGGAGCUGCCGGGGCCCUCGAAUUACAAGCCGCACACGCUGUCGCCGUGCAUCAACAGCAUGCGGCUGCAGGACCAGGGAUGAACAGCGGACACAAGAAUAAUGCUGCAGGAGCACCAAGAGCAGUACAGAAGUCUUCGCUACAAGCCGAAGAACCUCAUUAUCCGCAAGUUUCGACUGCUAAUCCGCAAAAUCAAGUCCUCGUACUAGCUUCUGCCUCCUAUUCCUCCAAUGGGAGCACAUCACAUGUUGGCAGCCCGCCGGCUGAGUGGCUUGGACAAGUAACGACGCCAAAAAAAGAAACAGCACAAGCACUGUCCUACAUCCCACCAGCGGCUGUCCUCCUCGAUGUAGCUGGAGAUGAUCAAGAGGGUCCGCCGCCUUCCUCUAAUGAAAAGAACCAGAAAGCUCCUAGAGUGCCAGAAGAACCCAAAACACCGACCACUUUCCUCGUGGAGAAGUUGGGGGAAGCUGCGUCCGCAACAAUGUCAAU